AUGUCACGCACCCUCUCAGUCAAAGCCCAAAUAGAGAUCAUGGCAUCACCAACCGUUGUCCGAUCAGUCUUCCUCGGAUUUGAUCGAUAUCAACAAUGGCAGCAAGGAUGGGAUAUUCGGCUUGCCGACUCAGGCAAGAAGCCACUUGAACUCAAGUCGGGAGACAAGAUCAGAGUAUCGAUGCACGGGAUGGUAUUCAACCCAGUCGUGAUAACGAAUGACCCUGAAUGCUUCACAUGGGAGGGUUCAAUCCCAUGGAUUGUGAAGGGCAGACAUUACUUCUCCUUCUCUCCGAGUAAGGAAAAUCCAGGAGGCACAACUUUCAUCCAGUCAGAGGACUUUUCAGGGGGGGUUGUUACCUUGUUUGGGUCCUGGUUUAAGACGGAUCAACCGAACGAGAAUUGGAAUGCCUUUAAUGUGGCGUUGAAGAAGGAGGCCGAGAAAUGCACGAAUCCGUCAUGA